GGGGCCCGCUAUAAAAGGAGCCGCGGGUUCGAGUCCCCGGCUUCGCAGCAGCAGCGAGCGGGCCAGCGGCGGGUCGGGGCGGCCGCGCAGCUCAGCGCUCGGGGCAGGGGGCUCCGCGCAGCCGGGAGACCACAGCGACAGCCAGUGAAUGCCCAGCCACAGUGGACCCUGCCACUGCUGCACCGGGGAGCUUCCGGGGCUUGCUGAAGGAAGAUGGCUUUCUGGACACAGCUGGGAUUGCUGCUAUGGAAGAACUUCACAUACAGGCGAAGACAGACAUUUCAGCUGCUGAUUGAAGUUGCUUGGCCUCUCUUUAUCUUCUUUAUACUGAUCUCCGUACGCCUUUCGUAUCCGCCCUACGAACAACAUGAAUGUCACUUUCCAAACAAGGCCAUGCCUUCAGCAGGAACCUUGCCCUGGAUCCAAGGGAUUAUCUGUAAUGCCAACAACCCUUGCUUCCGCUACCCAACGCCUGGGGAAUCCCCAGGUGUCGUUGGAAACUUCAAUAGGUCCAUCAUUUCCCGCUUGUUCUCGGAUGCCAAGAGGUUACUCUUGUACAGCCAGAAGGACAGCAGCUUAAAGGAUGCUCAGAAACUCCUGGGAAAACUGCAGAAGCUCGGGAACUCUGGCUCAGGUUUGAAACUUCAGGAUUUCCUGGUUGACAAUGAGACCUUCUCAGACUUUCUCCAUCGUAAUGUUUCCAUGCCAUUGUUUGCUGUGGAUGAGAUACUGAAUGCAGAGGUCAACUUCCAGCAGGUCAUCCUGUCUGGCUAUCGAAUGCAGCUGAGAGAUCUGUGCAAUGGGUCAGAGCUGUCUGAAUUCCUUACAAUCCACAACCCAGUAGUCGCAGUGGUCGGCGAAGCCUUCCUCUGCACCAUGCCUAAGGAAAAACUCCACACAGCAGAACAAGCCUUUCGUGCUAAUAUAGACCUUUUGAAGCCUGUACUGAAAGGAAUCGCCUCCAAUUACUCCUUACAGGAUCUGUCAGGAGCCAUGGAGACCUUGGUGGAGAGUCUUGGGACGCUCGUUAAAGAGCUGGUGAGCAUGAAGAGCUGGAGUGACAUGAGGCAGGAGGUGAUAUUUCUGACCAAUGUGAACUCCACAAGCUCCUCCACCCAGAUCUACCAGGCGGUGUCGCGGAUCGUGUGUGGCCAUCCAGAGGGAGGAGGGUUGAAAAUCAAAUCUCUCAACUGGUACGAGGACAACAACUACAAAGCCCUGUUUGGAGGCAACAGCACCGAGGAGGAUGCAGCGAAUUUCUAUGAUAAUUCUACAACACCCUAUUGCAAUGAGCUGCUGAAGAAUCUUGAAUCCAGUCCACUUUCCCGAAUUAUUUGGAGGGCUCUGAAGCCUUUGCUUAUUGGGAAGAUCCUGUACACUCCUGACACCCCGGUCACGAGGAGGGUCAUGGCUGAGGUGAACAGGACUUUCCAGGAGCUGGGCGUGUUCCGGGACCUAGGAGGGAUGUGGGAGGACAUAGGCCCGAAGAUUUGGACAUUCAUGGAAAGCAGCCAGGAAAUGGAUCUGAUCCGGACGCUGCUGAAGAGCGAAGGCCUCUGGGACACUCACUUGAGCGGCUCAAACUGGACGGUUCAAGAUGUUUCCCUGUUCUUGGCAAAGUCCCCAGAGGACGUUCAGCCAGUGAAUGGCUCCACAUACACCUGGAUGGAUGCCUUCAAUGAGACUGACCAGGCUGUCCAAACCAUCUCCCGCUUCAUGGAGUGUGUCAACCUGGACAAACUGGAGCCCGUGGCCACAGAAGUGCGGCUCAUAAACAGGUCCAUGGAGCUCCUGGAUGAGAGGAGGUUCUGGGCUGGCAUUGUCUUCCCUGAAAUCUCCCCGAACAGUGCAGAGCUGCCUCCUCACAUCAAGUACAAGAUACGGAUGGACAUAGACAAUGUGGAAAGGACAAACAAGAUUAAGGAUGGGUACUGGGACCCUGGUCCUCGUGCUGACCCCUUUGAAGACAUGCGGUAUGUCUGGGGCGGCUUCGUGUACUUGCAGGAUGUUGUGGAGCAGGCGAUCAUCAGGGCGCUGACUGGCACGGAGAAGAAGACUGGUGUCUAUGUACAGCAGAUGCCCUACCCCUGUUACGUGGAUGAUAUAUUCCUGCGUGUCAUGGGCCGUUCCAUGCCCCUCUUCAUGACUCUGGCCUGGAUCUACUCGGUGGCUGUAAUAAUCAAGGGGAUUGUGUACGAGAAGGAAGCCCGGCUGAAGGAGACCAUGAGAAUCAUGGGCCUGGACAAUGGCACCCUCUGGUUCAGCUGGUUCAUCAGCAGCCUCAUCCCCCUCCUCAUGAGCGCUGGGCUUCUGGUGCUGAUCCUGAAGAUGGGAAACCUGCUGCCCUAUAGCGACCCCAGUGUGGUGUUUGUCUUCCUCUCCGUCUUUGCCGUGGUGACCAUCUUGCAGUGCUUCCUCAUCAGCACCAUGUUCUCCAGGGCCAACCUGGCAACAGCCUGUGGGGGGAUCAUCUAUUUCACCCUCUACCUGCCCUACGUGCUGUGCGUCGCCUGGCAGGACUACGUGAGCUUCUCCCUGAAAAUGUUUGCGAGCCUGCUGUCCCCGGUCGCCUUUGGGUUUGGCUGCGAGUACUUUGCAUUGUUUGAGGAGCAGGGGGUUGGCGUGCAGUGGGACAACCUCUUUGAAAGCCCCCUGGAAGAAGAUGGCUUCAACCUCACCAUAUCUGCGUUCAUGAUGUUGUUUGAUACCUUCCUCUAUGGGGUUAUGACCUGGUACAUUGAGUCUGUCUUCCCAGGCCAGUAUGGAAUUCCCAGGCCCUGGUACUUCCCCUUUACAAAGACUUACUGGUUCGGCGAGGAAUCUGAGGAGAGGCGGCAUGCUCACUCUGAUCACAAAGGGCCGUCGGAGCACUGCAUGGAGGAGGAACCCAUUCAUCUAAGCCUGGGGGUCUCCAUUCAGAACCUGGUGAAGAUUUAUCGUGAUGGCAAGAAGGUUGCUGUGGAUGGGCUCACACUUAAUUUCUUUGAAGGGCAGAUCACAUCCUUUCUGGGACAUAAUGGAGCUGGGAAAACCACAACCAUGUCCAUCUUAACUGGUUUAUUUCCUCCGACCUCGGGCACAGCCUUCAUCCUGGGCAAAGAUAUCCGCUCCGAGCUCAGCACCAUCAGGCAGAACUUGGGCGUCUGUCCCCAGCACAAUGUCCUCUUUGACUUGCUGACUGUGGAAGAGCACAUCUGGUUCUACGCACGUCUGAAAGGGCUGUCAGAAGAAAAGGUGAAAGAGGAGAUGCAGCAGAUGGUGCUGGACGUCGGCCUGCCUCACAAACUCAAAGCUAGAACCAGCAAACUCUCUGGUGGCAUGCAGAGAAAGCUGUCGGUGGCCUUGGCCUUUGUGGGUGGAUCAAAGGUUGUCAUUUUGGACGAGCCAACAGCUGGGGUGGAUCCUUACUCUCGCCGAGGGAUAUGGGAACUGCUUCUGAAGUAUCGCCAAGGACGCACCAUCAUUCUGUCCACACAUCACAUGGAUGAGGCAGACAUCCUAGGGGACAGGAUCGCCAUCAUAUCUCAUGGCAAACUGUGCUGCAUUGGCUCUUCCCUGUUCCUGAAGAACCAGCUGGGAACAGGCUAUUACCUGACCCUGGUCAAGAAGGAUGUGGACUCUUCACUGAGCUCCUGCAGAAACAGCAGCAGUACGGUGUCGUACCUGAAAAAGGACGACAGUGUCUCCCAGAGCAGCUCGGAUGCUGGGCUUGGCAGUGACCAUGAAAGUGACACCUUGACAAUAGACGUCUCUGUUAUCUCCAACCUCAUUAUGAAGCAUGUUCCUGAGGCCAGGCUGGUAGAGGAGAUUGGCCAUGAGUUAACCUACAUCUUGCCAUAUGAAGCUGCUAGAGAAGGAGCUUUUGUGGAGCUGUUCCAUGAGAUCGACGACCGUCUCUCUGACCUGGGCAUUUCGAGUUACGGCAUCUCGGAGACUACCCUGGAGGAAAUCUUUCUCAAAGUGGCUGAAGAUAAUGGGGUGGAUGCAGAGACCUCAGACGGCACAUUACCUGCAAGAAGGAACAGGCGUGUCUUUGGAGACAGACAGAGCUGCCUUCAUCCAUUCACAGAAGAUGAUGUUUUCGACCCUAAUGAUUCAGACAUAGAUCCAGCAGAAUCCAGAGAGACAGACCUGCUCAGUGGGGUGGAUGGCAAAGGCUCCUACCAGAUGAAGGGCUGGAAGCUCAUCCGGCAGCAGUUCGUAGCUCUGCUGUGGAAGAGGCUGCUCAUUGCCAAGCGCAGCAGGAAGGGUUUCUUCGCCCAGAUCGUACUGCCAGCUGUGUUUGUGUGCAUUGCUCUCAUGUUCAGCCUGAUCGUACCUCCCUUUGGGAAAUACCCCAGCCUGGAACUGCAGCCCUGGAUGUAUGAUGAGCAGUACACUUUUAUCAGCAAUGACGCACCAGAUGAUGCAGGCACUCAGAAGCUUGUGAACACUCUUGUCAAUGAACCCGGCUUUGGGACCCGCUGUGUGGAAGGACACUCCAUUCCAGACACUCCUUGCCUGGUCAGAGAGGAUAAAUGGACCACCGCCUCUGUCCCCGACACGGUCCUGGACGUCUUCCUGAAUGGCAACUGGACCAUGGAGAACCCUUCCCCGGCCUGCGAAUGCAGCAAUGAGAAGAUCAAGAAAAUGCUCCCUGUGUGCCCACCUGGCGCGGGGGGGCUGCCUCUUCCACAGAGAGAACAGAACACUGGCGACAUCCUGCAGAACCUGACGGGCCGGAACGUAUCGGACUAUCUGGUGAAGACCUACGCGCAGAUCAUUGGGAAAAGUUUAAGGAACAAGAUCUGGGUGAAUGAGUUCAGGUAUGGUGGGUUUUCAGUGGGUGCCAGCAGUUCCCUCCUGCUUCCUCCCAGCGAUGAAGUCAGUGAUGCCAUCAAGCAAGUGAAGAAAAUCUUGGAGCUAGCCAAGGGGAGUUCUGGAGAUCAGUUUCUUCACAGCUUGGGAAGCUUCAUGAAAGGGAUGGACACAAAAAACAACGUGAAGGUUUGGUUCAAUAACAAAGGCUGGCAUGCCAUUGGCUCCUUUCUGAAUGUGAUCAACAAUGCCAUCCUCCGGGCCAACCUUCAAGACGGCGAGAAUCCCAGCACCUACGGGAUCACCGCAUUCAACCACCCGCUCAACCUCACCAAGCAGCAGCUCUCUGAGGUCGCCCUGAUGACCACGUCGGUGGACGUUUUAGUCUCCAUCUGUGUGAUCUUCGCCAUGUCCUUUGUCCCAGCCAGCUUUGUGGUUUUCUUGAUCCAGGAGCGGGUCAGCAAGGCCAAGCACCUGCAGUUCAUCAGCGGGGUGAAGCCGGUGAUCUACUGGCUGGCUAACUUCGUCUGGGAUAUGUGCAACUACAUAGUUCCAGCCACCUUGGUUAUCAUCAUCUUCAUCUGCUUCCAACAGAAGUCCUACGUGUCCUCUUCCAACCUGCCUGCGCUGGCCCUUCUCCUCCUGCUCUAUGGGUGGUCUAUAACGCCACUCAUGUACCCAGCUUCCUUUGUGUUCAAGAUCCCCAGCACAGCCUACGUGGUGCUGACCAGCGUGAAUCUCUUCAUUGGCAUAAAUGGCAGCGUGGCCACUUUCGUCCUCGAGCUCUUCACCAACAACAAGCUGAACAACAUCAAUGAAAUCCUGAAGUCUGUCUUCCUCGUCUUCCCCCACUUCUGCCUGGGGCGGGGACUCAUCGACAUGGUGAAAAAUCAGGCCAUGGCCGACGCUUUGGAAAGGUUUGGCGAGAACCGUUUUGUGUCCCCUCUGUCCUGGGAUCUGGUGGGACGGAACCUCUUUGCCAUGGCUGUGGAAGGGGCAGUCUUCUUCCUUAUCACAGUGCUCAUCCAGUACAGGUUCUUCAUCAAACCGAGGCCUGUCAGUGCCAAGUUGUCUCCUGUCAAUGAUGAGGAUGAGGAUGUGACCAGGGAGAGGCAGAGGAUAAUUAGUGGUGGUGGACAGAGUGACAUCCUUGAAAUCAAAGAGCUGACCAAGAUUUAUAGAAUGAAGAGAAAACCAGCUGUUGACCGGAUCUGUGUUGGAAUCCCUCCUGGGGAGUGCUUUGGCCUCCUGGGAGUGAAUGGCGCUGGCAAGUCGUCAACUUUCAAGAUGCUAACUGGAGAUACAGAUGUGACGGGAGGAGAAGCUUUUCUGAAGGGAAACAGUAUCUUAUCUAACAUCCAAGGAGUCCAUCAGAACAUGGGCUAUUGCCCUCAGUUUGAUGCUAUUAAUGAGCUGUUGACAGGGAGAGAACAUCUGGAGUUCUUUGCACUUUUACGGGGUGUUCCUGAGAAAGAGGUCUGCCAGGUUGGCGAAUGGGCAAUUCGUAAACUGGGCCUUGUGAAAUAUGGAGAAAAAUAUGCUGGGAACUACAGCGGAGGAAACAGACGCAAGCUCUCCACUGCUAUUGCCCUGAUUGGGAGCCCUCCGGUGGUGUUCCUGGAUGAGCCAACCACGGGAAUGGAUCCCAAAGCACGCCGUUUCUUAUGGAACUGUGCUCUGAGCAUCAUCAAGGAGGGGAGAUCAGUGGUGCUUACAUCUCACAGCAUGGAAGAAUGUGAAGCCCUGUGCACUCGAAUGGCAAUAAUGGUCAACGGGCGGUUCAGGUGUCUUGGCAGUGUCCAGCAUCUGAAGAACAGGUUUGGAGAUGGUUAUACAAUAGUAGUGCGAAUAGCGGGGGCAAACCCUAACCUGAAGCCCGUUCAGGAAUUCUUUGGGCUUGCCUUUCCUGGCAGCGUCCUGAAGGAGAAGCAUCGGAACAUGCUGCAGUACCAGCUUCCAUCCUCACCAUCCUCUCUGGCCAGGAUAUUUAGCGUCCUCUCCCAGAACAAAAAAAGACUCCACAUAGAAGACUACUCCGUUUCUCAGACUACACUUGAUCAAGUGUUUGUAAACUUUGCCAAGGACCAAAGCGAUGAUGACCACACAAAGGACAUGUCAUUGCACAAAAACCAGACUGUUGUGGACAUUGCAAUCCUUACUUCCUUUCUGCGAGAUGAGAAGGUGAAAGAAAGUUGCGUGUGAGCUAUCAUAGGCAAGGACAUGGUGUUGAGCAGAAGGAGGAGACAGCGCACCUUCCUUUGCAUGGAAUGGGAUAUUCCCAAAGGCGAAAGCUAGAGGAUACAGAGGGAAAGACGUGAACUGGACACUCUACUGAUAACCAUUCAAUGCAAUGCAAUUCAAUGCAAUGAAAACAAAAUUCCAUUACAGAGGCAGUGCCUCUUGGGAGUCAUUGCCUUGUACUGUUCUCAAGUGACUGACUUGAAUCUAGUUCAUUACAGUAUAACUCUGUGAAACUGUAGUAUGGAACCCAUUGGACACUGUGGGCUUUCAGCCAUACUGUAUUUUGUUCCUACAUCAUAUACUUUUCCUAGGGUUGCAACAAUCGUUCAUUGAGGAAUCAUGGCCAGUGCUUAUUUAUUGAUAUUUUAAAGGUGUGCACGUUCAUACUCUUUAACUUUUUUCAUAUUGGGAGUGGAAUUUCCCUGGUGCUAAAUGCAUUGCCGGCAAUGAAUGCACCGAAACAGUAAGUGCCAACCAGUUACCAAAAGGCACAGUGUUGUGGCCUUAUUUUGUGGGGGGGGGAACCACUUGACCAGCUACUCUGUAAAGAUCUUUAUAGACUGGUGGAGGUCAAUCGGUAAUAAUCCUAAACCACGACGCAUACUGUAUGUAGAUGGUAUGCAGAGAUUUGAUAACCCAUCUCAUCAUCCGCUGCAGGGGUAGCAGUGUGCACAACUCUGAACCUUGCAAAUGUAUGGGACUGUCCCACUAGCAUUGAGACCAAUCACCUGCUUCCUAACUAGCCUUUCUGUAGUUAAGUACUUUGCUGCUCCUCUUGAGGUACCACAGUAGUGCCACUUGGAAGGCUGCACAAGGACUGCGUAGAGAGCAGUGGAUGAGAAGCAAAACUAGUGAUCAGACUAGAGCAGCAAACUCAGUGGUUGUAUAUGCUGCUAAUGCCCAGAGUACAUUAUAAAACGCAAGACAGUCAUUCUGCUAUGUAGUGUCUUGAAUUCCCGUUUCAAGGCAGCAGAAAGGUAACCAGCAUCUGAAAUUCUCUAUUGCUUAGCUCAAAUGUGGUGUCAUUUCUGGCUUUGUCACUUAAACUGAAAACCUGAUGAGAUGUAGAUUUUUUUUCAGUAGUAUUAUUUAUGUCCUUAAAAAGGUAGCAUAGUUAGGGUAUGGAAAUGCUUCAAUUUGUUAUAGGCAUGUUGUUAAACAGGAUCUAUGCAACUCCCACUAGCACUGGCUUCAGCUACAAAAAUUUGCCUGAAACUCUCCUCCAUGGAAAUUGAGAUAUGGUUAGAUUAAUGUGAUGUAGUUUCAGUUAUUAGGUGAACCCUAAUUGCAGAAUUUACUUUUGUUCGUGUGGGAAACCACCUCAUUCAAGUUCCCCUUGGGAACAACACCACAGUGACAGCUAUCAGUCAUCUAAAUUUCAAAACUUUACCAAAAAAUGUUUAUCAUGGUGAGACUUACUGACACACUCUCUCGUCUGGCUGUGCCUUGGGAGCACAUCUGCACAAAUGUGUUCCUCAGGUACCUUGGCCGUGCUUCAAUAUUUAAACCUGUGAUAAAAUAGCCCCUUGCUGAUGCUGGGUCUAAAUCUAAGCACAUGAACAGCCCCACUGACUUCAACAGGGCUACUUGUGCUUUAUGUCCCUUGCUGAACCUGUGCCUCUAAAAUGUAUUUAUUACCUCUUGAUGCUCCUCCAUCAUGACUUGAUUUUUUUCAGUAAAUGCCCUGAAGUCUUACACUAAUAAAUAUGGAAAGUGCCAUGAACUGAAAUUAUCACUUUAGCAGCAUUAGGCAAUGUGAUGGUUAUUUAUAUACUUCCAGGCAUCUUGGCAUUGAUAAAUUCAGCAUUUUAUUAAAUGAAGCACUGUGCAAAGGGUUAAGUCUACCAGUACUCACUGUAUUCCUGCAUUGGAAUAAAGCAAACCAAGCUACAGCUCAGCUGAAGUGCCUUUGACAUUCUGUAUUCAUAAUUUAAUCCACAGAAUACAGUUGUAGAGGGGAAAGGACAGAAGAAGGGGUUAGUAUACCUCAUUUCUUAAAACAAUCUGUAUUGUACUUACAAGAACUCAGACACUUCCCUACAGUAUCCUCAGCGAGUUAUUAAUAUAAAUUAACAGUAUACAUUAUAUUUUCAAGAGCAGAGCUGUUAUAAAUAUUGGGCCCAAUCCUGCAGCUGUAACUCAUACGAUACUAAGGGCUGCAGGAUCUGGGCUACGGUGUGAUUUUCAGAGUCAGCGAACACACUGAACAUUUAGUACCUCUGAAAACCAACACCACAAGUGGCACUAAUUCACAAUAUCAACAGAAAGAUUACAGCAAUAGACUCAAUCCUGCAAUGCACAGAACUACCAAUCAGUAUAGUACGAAUGUGGGGUGUGCAAGUUUGAGCCCACUGCAAUGGAGUUUAUUUUAAACCCAUACAGAUGGUUGCAGUUUUUUGAUGGAUGAUUUCAUUUGCAGUGCAUAGACAAGUACACAUUUCUCCUAACCCUGCCAAAGAAGAAAGCCUUGAAGAUUCCUAAUGCACAAUCUGGCUUCUAUGAUAAAAAGAAAGUUACCCUAGAUGUUGAAGGUAACGGGAAUAUUUCACAACUCUUCAGUCCCUGGAGAAAUCUCAGACUUUUGUACAUUUUUUUAAUCUGUAUGGAAUCCAGCCUGUGCCAUACAGUUCUCUCAUACUGCUCUCUCACUCGCUGAAAUGAUUUCCAACGACUUUUCUGCCCUUGGAGUUGGAUGUCAGGCAAAAUUAUCCUAGUGCCACACGUGUUACAAUUGUGAACCACGCUGAUAACAGAACUGCAUUGAGGGCAUUUAUGUAUUUGAAACAAUGUUACCACUUACUGUAUGCUAUUAAAUUGUUGCAACCCUUUUUGUAGUAUAUUUGUAUUUCAAUAAGGACUAUACAUGUUAUUUUUCCCAAGAUAAAGUGCUUCUCCCCUUCCUCGUACCCCCCCACCCUGCCCCCCAAAAAUACUGUUGGUCCUUCAUUCCAAGCACUUUAUGCUGUCUGUAAUGGGAUCUAUUUUUGCACUGGAAUAUCUAUUAACUUUGCAAAAUCUAGAGAUUUCACAACAAAACUUUUAAGUUAAAUCUUUCAAUGGACAUUUUCAUUAAAAAUAAAUAUAUAUAUAUUUGUAUUUGCCAAUAACUGUUUGUGAAGUAUUAGGCAUUUUAAUUGCCUUGUAUUAAGUCAAAAAUAAAGCUGUAACAGCACUGUUCGACAAAA